UGUUUGAUGCAUCCUAGCCCGGGACUUACUGUAGAAAACAAAAUCUUGUAAAAACUGCGGCUGCUACGUUCCUGCGAUAAGUUAAUUAUUGAUUAACGCUGUUUCAUCACAAUCUAUUUUUCAUAUCAUCGAACUCACAAGUCCCAACCCAAGAAAAUUUGUAUCCAAAAUGUAUUGUGUAGGAUUCCUGGAACCAUUUAUCAGAAUGACAGGGGGAAGUGAACCUGCUUUUCUGGACAUGAUGGCUUAUUUCAUGAUGCUGUGCGGGUUCCUUGCUGGGGUGGUUACUUCGUCAGGGAUCCCCACCCCUUACGGCCGAUACACGAGUCCGAAGUUUGGCUGGGGGUUAGAGAGUCGCACCGCCUGGUUCAUUCAAGAGUUGCCAGCAUUCGCCGUACCUGUUCUCUUGAUUGUGUUUUGCAAUUGUCAAUAUAGUUCAUCGCUUCCUAAUUCCAUCCUUGUUGGUUUAUUCUUAGCACAUUAUUUCCAAAGGACAUUUCUAUUUUCACUGCUUAUACGUGGAGGAAAAGUGACGCCCCUCAUCCCAUUUUUACUAGCCACUGUCUUUUGUGGUUACAAUGGUUUCAUGCAGAGUCGAUAUCUCACACAGCAUGCCGUUUAUAGUCCAGAAUGGAUGAAAGAUCCAAGAUUUAUCAUUGGAUCACUUGUGUUUGUGACGGGUAUGGCAAUCAACAUUCAUUCUGAUUACAUUCUGAGGAACCUACGCAAACCUGGAGAGACGGGAUACAAAAUACCAUGUGGUGGUAUGUUUGACUAUGUCUCUGGAGCUAACUUCUUUGGUGAGAUAGUUGAAUGGAGCGGGUUUGCUGUAGCCUGUUGGUCUCUACAGGGUCUUGCGUUUGCAUGCUUCACAUUCUGCGUCCUUACACCCAGAGCACGGCAGCAUCAUAUGUAUUAUCUACAGAAGUUUGAGGACUACCCAAAGUCUAGGAAAGCAGUCAUACCAUUCAUUCUCUGAAGGAAGCAUCCAGCCUAGAGACUCUCACCAGUGGACUAUCAAGUUUUCUAUCCUUGUGAGACAACAAUAUUUAUGAUCGAUGAUUAGUGAAAAAUUACCAAAGAAAUAGGCGUUAACAUGGACAGUAUAUUUAUGAAUUGAGAUUUAUUUAGUAAUGCAGGAAGAAUUCUUAUGGACGUGUUUUCAUCAUAGAGCAAUGCAGAGGAAAAACAUAUCCGGAGGCUAAUGUUUGAGCUCCAAGCCCAAAUUAUUUUGCGGUGUACAUGAGAACCUAUGGAAAUUUCUGUAGCUAUUUGAAAAGCUUUCCAAGGUCUUCAGGGCAUUUAAGGGCAAAGUCCCACCAAGCCUCUGUGUUUUUU